AUGGAAGAAGCCAUUAUUCCCAUCUCCAAGAUUCAGCCAUUGAUUCCUGGAUUUCUGCUUAAGGAAAUUCUCCUCAGCAGUAGAAAUAGAGACAUACUCAUGCAUACACUCCCUCUCCUUCUUGUGAUAGCUUUGGCUGUUUUUCUUCAACUAUGGACUGCUACCUUGCUCCAAAAUGAUGGUUGGCUGAAGAUACUAGCAACAGCCUACUUCUUUGGCUCUUUUCUCAACCACAACCUAUUCUUAGCCAUCCAUGAACUCAGCCACAAUCUUGCCUUCUCAACUCCAGUCUACAACCGUUGGCUCGGGAUUUUUGCUAACCUCCCGAUUGGUGUACCCAUGUCUGUCACCUUUCAAAAAUAUCACCUUGAGCAUCACCGCUUCCAAGGAGUAGAUGGCAUUGCUAUGGACGUCCCAAGCAAUACUGAAGCACAUCUUGUGACAAAUGCUGUUGCCAAAACUUAA